GUGAUGAUAUUUAUUAAAAUAAAAAUAAAGAAAUUUUUAUUAAAAAAUUCGUGAUAACGAGCACUGUAUCUAUAUAGGAUCUAAAUAUAUAUAAAAUGUAUAUUCUGUGAAAAGAAAUGCUAUUUCAUUUCAGUAUUAGUGUAUCUAUACAGGAACAGAAAAUUAAAUUAUUUUUCUAUAAAAAAAAACAAAAUCGAUCUGUUACUUAUAAUUUUCAAAGGACCUCAAAAUAAUUAUUAAUAAAAUUUUUAAUUAAAAGAAACAAAGUUAAGUACCUAAAUUAAACUACAAAAAAAAAAAUCAAAAUGGCAACAAGAGUGAUUACAAAAUUAUAUAAAUUCUUGCCAAUGAAAACUAAAGUUUGAAAUCUUAUUUUAUUACUUAUAUAACUUGCCAUAUAUUUGUCUACCUAACUUGUUAUUUAAAACAAAAAAAAAAAAGUUGAAUAUAAUAAAGUUUAUUUUUAAAUUGAAUUAUUAAUUAAAAAAAUUAUAUGUAUAUGUACACUUGUUAUUUAUAUAGAUUUUAUGAAAAAAAAAAACGUUAACCCCGGCGACUAAAAAAGGGAUUUAAAAAAAAAAAAAUUUAAAAUAUUACGGAGUAUUGAGAAACGCACCAGAAGAAAUAUAUAUAUAUUUUUUUUCCACCUUAAAAACAAUAAGGAAUACAAAAUAAUAUAACAGAGAAAUGUCAACGAAAGAAACUUUAAAAUCACAAAGUGAUGCUGAUGCAGAAGCAUGCGAAGAAGCAGCAAGAUUAACAGCUGAAUUACAAGAAGAAAAUAAUGCAGAUUAUUACUAUGAUCCAGAAGUACAAGAUUUACCACCACCACCGGAUGGUGGAUACGGUUGGGUUAUUGUCUUAGCAUCAUUCGUUUGUAAUAUGAUUGUUGAUGGGAUUGCAUAUACAUUUGGAAUAUUUUUAAAUGAUUUCGUUAAUUAUUUUAAUGAAGGUAAAGGCACGGUUGCAUGGGUUGGAAGUUUAUUAAGCGGCGUGUACUUAAGUGCUGGUCCAAUAGUAUCGGCGUUAUGUAAUAAAUAUGGAUGUCGUGCUGUUUGUAUAGCUGGAAGUGUAAUUGGCUGUGUUGCAUUUAUUUUAAGUACGUUUAGUACAAGCGUUACAAUGCUUAUGAUUACAUAUGGUGUUAUUGGCGGUUUUGGUUUUGGUAUGAUUUAUUUACCGGCUGUUGUUGCUGUUGGGUAUUAUUUUGAAACAAAAAGAUCACUUGCAACUGGUAUUGCAGUAUGUGGUUCAGGUUUUGGUACAUUUACUUUUGCCCCUUUUGCAACAUAUUUAAUUAGUGAAUUGGGAUGGAAAGGUUCGUUAGUAAUAUUAGCUGGCUUAAUAUUGAAUUGUGCUGUAUUUGGCGCUCUAAUGAGACCAUUAACAUACCCUAAAGAAAAGAAAGUUAAACCGCUUAUGCAAAGGAUGUAUGAAGAAAAACAACAUCAAUUACAAAGAGGUUCAAUUGGUGGUUCCUAUUUUAUGGUACAAUUGCCUGAUGGUACAAUGGAAAAAAGAAUGAAAUUACCAUUGAAUGUAGAUCCAGGUGUGCAUUCAAGUUUAAAUUUAGAAGCAUUAGCACAACAAGGUGGUUUACCAAAUGUUCCAACUUUACCUACAAUAUCGGAAUCAAAAGUAGCUGAUGCACAACGAUAUGGAUCUCCUGAUAGUCAAUUAGAAAGCCGCCGUCACAGACGAAUACAACGUCAUUCUGAAAGUGAAACAGAUUUUGAUUCUAAUUCUAAUAAUAUGCCUAGAAAUGCAUCGCAACCUGCAUUUCCAACAAAUGCACAAGGUCUUCCUAAAAACGGAUCCGUACCAUUUUUUGAUAGAGUUCGUAAAACUUCUACUAGUGAAAAAUUCAAACCCACAUUAUCAUCUAUUAAAGCAUCAUCAAAAGCUGAAUUGAAAAAUGGUGAAACAUCAGGCGAGAUGUUUUCAUCAAAAAUGUCAAUACCUAGAACUGAUAGCCAAGCACGUAUGGUACGUCCAUUAUCUAGAAAAGAUAUAUUUUAUUCCGGUUCAGUUACAAAUUUACCACAGUAUCAAUCACAAAAAUCGUUAACUAAUUAUAGAAACUCCGUUUUAUCAUUAACAAAAUAUGAAAAAAGUAUGCGUGAUAUUCAAGGUGACCGUCUUGCUGAAAUAGAAAGAAAUCGUGAAUCAUAUGAUUUAUGUCCGUGUUUUGUUCUACCAGAAUCUUUUAAAGCAGCUUUAGGUUCAAUGUUAGAUGUUAGUUUACUUAAAGAUCCUGUCUUCAUGAUGAUUGGUGUAUCAAAUGUAUUUGGUAUGGCAGGCUUAUAUGUACCUUUUGUAUAUUUAGUUGAUGCUGCAAUGCAGAAUGGUAUUGAACAAAAUCAAGCAUCAUUUCUAAUUUCAGUAAUUGGUAUAACAAAUACAGUAGGCAGAGUUAUAUGUGGUUAUGUAGCUGAUUUUCCUCAAGUGGACUCGUUAUUACUUAAUAAUAUUUGUUUGUUGAUAUCAACGGUUGCUGUUGCCGCUACACCUCUAUGUACAUCUUACGGGGCAUACAUCGCAAUGUCAAUAUUUUUUGGUAUAGCAAUUUCAGGUUAUAUAUCAUUAACAUCUAUUAUACUUGUGGACUUACUUGGAUUAGACAAAUUAACAAAUGCAUUUGGUUUAUUGAUAUUGUUCAGAGGUUUUGCUGCCAUUAUUGGAUCACCAUUAGCUGGUGCUAUAUAUGAUGCAACACUAUCAUAUGAUAUUCCGUUUUAUAUGGCUGGUGGUUUGUUUGGUUUAUCGACAAUAACUAGCUUUAUAGCACCAUGCCUAAAACGUUUUUCACAUGCUGAAGUGGAACCGCUGCCAAUGGAAUUUUUAACACCAAUUAACGAAGAACCGGCUGAAGAUGACGAUGAUAAACCAAUAACAAUAAUUCCAAAAAUAAUGAAAACUCUGCCUAGCCCAGAUCAAGCACCUGAUUCAAAUUAUGAUGAAAAAAUGCAAUCGCAUAAAAUUGAUAGUCCAGAUAAGCAAAGUUUAUUACAAAAUUAUACACCCACACCGCAAAUUAUACCAAAGACGAAUGAUACAAAUAAAGAAAUAAAUCAAAGAGAGUCUGUAUUAUAGAUUAAAUUUAUUAAAAAUUUUAAUUAAUUGUGUCAUUACUUUUAUGUUAAAUUUAAA